AUGACCUUGACGAUUAACCCGAGUUUAAAGAACGUCUUAGAAAACCAGAAGGGCGGCGCACCUGUGGAGAAUGAUCUUAAGGCGCUGAGAAAGCAUGCUGACAAGAUAGAGGAACACUACUACAAAGAGGUGAUAACCAAACCAUCUGACGUUGCAGGCAUGCAAUUUACUAUCACUGCUCAUGACGGAGAUCAAAUUGAGUGCCGUUUCUACUCUAAAGAUGCUGAUCCUAACCAAGUAAGGACCAGUAAGCUACCGUGCAUUAUUCACUUCCAUGGGGGUGGAUACAUAACCGGUGACGUUAGCCGUUACAGUCAUUUGACCUCUCAAUAUGUCUCAGCGACUGGCGUACCUGUUCUGAGUGUGGACUAUAGACUGGCUCCAGAAUAUCCAGCUCCAAUUCCUCAAGAAGAUGGCUUUAGUGCGCUACAGUACCUUUAUGAACAUUGUGAUAACCUAAUGAUUGAUCCCAACAAGAUUAUUCUAAUGGGAGAUUCAUCAGGCGCUGGGUUGGCUUUAUCUGUGGCUGCAUUGGCAGCAGAAAGGGGCAUUCCAAUAGCCAAGCAGAUUCUCAUUUAUCCAAUGUUGGACUCAAACAAUACCGAAGAACCCGAUUCUGAAGACCUUAAGGAGAAAAAACCUUAUCUAACAUGGACUCAUAGAAUGAACAAGCUGGCCUUUGAUUCUCUUCUAUCAGAAAAAGAAGAAUAUGAGCCAUCAUUAUUCCCAUUCAACGAUCCUAAUGUUGAUUGGUCCAAAUUUCCCAAAACUUAUUUGGAAACCGUGACAGUUGACAUCUUAAACGAUGACGGCCGGCAGCUGCAUAGAAAUUUGACUGAGAACAAUGUACAAGUUGAAUUUCAUGAGUGGGAAGGACUUUGCCAUGGCUUCGAACCUCUUCUUUGGACCGAGGAAAAUGAUCUACUUCAAAACAUUUUAGAGAAGCGUUACCAAGCAAUCCUGGAUGUAUAG